AUGAUGCUCUUCGUCAUUCUUCAAGUGCUCUGCAGCCUGCUGAUGUGGCUGUCGCUCUACUGUGGCUUUAGGUUUUGGAAGACACAUCACACCCAGGAAUGGAGCUGCCGGCUGGUCACGCUGGCGCACGGCCUGAUCGUCACCUUCCUCUCUGGCUACAUAGCUCUGAUCGAUGGGCCCUGGCCUUUGACCCAUUCAGGCCACCCAAAUACAACCCUCCAGGUCUGCCUGAUAUGUCUCAGCCUGGGCUACUUCGUCUUCGACCUGAGCUGGUGCAUUUAUUUUGGCAGCGAAGGGGAGCUGAUGCUUUGCCACCACAUGCUGAGCGUUGGCGGCUUGGUGAUGGUGCUGCUCCUCGGAGCGUCGGCCACGGAAGUCAACGCUGUCCUCUUUGUGAGCGAGAUUACCAAUCCGCUGCUCCAGGUGCGCUGGUUCCUGCGGGAGAUAGGCCACUACCCCAGCCUUGCGGGAGACGUGGUGGAUUUCCUCUUUGUUGCGCUUUUCGUGGUGCUGCGGAUCGUCGGAGGAGCAUGGAUUCUGCGUGGGGUGAUGACUUCGCCCCAGACAUUCUGCAUACUGAAGAUGGGGUUCCUGGCUAUGUAUGUUGUGUCUUUGGCAUUUCUGUUGGACAUCAGCCAAUUUGCCAGAAGGAAAGCGAUGAAGAAAUAUUAUACUUGGAAAAAAAGGGGAGAUAUUCUGGAAUGCAAUGGACGUUUGCCCACAUGUUAAAUUCAGCUUCAAGGGAGCCAUGGUGCCCAGCCUAGAAAUCAUCGCCUGAAAUCCCUGGUCCUUUUCGUAUGUCCCAGGGAUGAAGCAUCUUAAGAGGCAAGGUUUAGAGGAGCCCUUCUAACUCCAGGUUCGUGUUUUUGCUAAAGUAGAGUUGAAAGGUGUUAAAGAGGAAGUUAGCAUAGGAGGAAAGGGGUUAGAUCAGAAAGGGUUAGACCACAGGAGAAAGAGCCCAAACUCAUACUGGCCCACUGAUUCUCAGGAAGGGUCACAGAGAAAGGUCAGAGUGAGCACUUGUUUGGGG